CCCUCCCUCCUUCCCCUUGAUCUGGCGUCGCCACCACCUCCCUCCCUCCUUCCCCUCGAAACACCCCAACCACCGGAGCCAGAUUGGCUCCCUCCCCAAUCGCCAUCCCUCGAUCUGCGCUAUUCCUCCUCCUCCUCCUCCUCCUCAUGCGCUCGCUUUUGCUUGGCAGGAAGGGAUCCGCAGGGGGGUCGACCUGCUGCUGCGCUACGACGGCAUGGUCAGCAACCUCGGUCUCUUCUCCUCCAACGAGACCAAGGACGACGUCUCCACCGCCAACCUCAAGUACCUGCUCGUGCCGUACUACCUCGGUGAAAUGACCGAGCAGGUGGAGCAGGAGGACCGGAUUCCGGUUCUCAAGGCGUCACAGGACCAUUUGAAGGAGUUCAUUUCUACAUGUGAAGCGCUCGAGCUUGUCCCAGAGAACGAGCUCGAGUUAUCUCGGCAGGGGCGGCCUGAAACCGCAGCAAACCGAAGAGAACAGAAGGUGAGGCUGUUGCCCCCGUAUAAUCUUUAGGACUCGACCAAUAAUUGAAACUCUACACGAGGA